GUUCACUGGUAGCUUCUUCAGCAAGAAAACAAUUUUGAAAGAAAUGGAGGAACUAAGUCCUAAUUUGUCACCUGGGACUGAUGAUGAGCUCCUAAGAUUGCUUCUUAGUGAUGAACUCUUUGUAUUGCACCAAUUCAUUGGACCUGAACCUGGUCCCUUACCAGAGACCAUGAUCAACAGCCAGGUCUCAACAGUAGAGUACUCCACAGACAGACCAACCAUGGAAGAAGCUAAUGAGGGUGCAUCAUCCUUUGCAAACAUGGGACAUGAAUCCAUAUUACAAGAAAGAGGUUCCAUGUUAGAGAAGGGGUUGAUGAGCAAGAUUGAGAAUAAGUAUACUCUGAAAAUUAAUGGCAGCGAAAAUGGAAUGAUAGAUGAUGGCUAUAAAUGGAGGAAAUAUGGGCAGAAAUCCAUCAAGAACAACCCCUUUCCCAGGAGUUACUACAGGUGCACGAACCCAAGGUGCAGUGCAAAGAAGCAGGUGGAGAAAUCAAGUGAUGAACCCAACACCUUCCUUGUCACCUACGAAGGCCUCCAUCUCCACUUCACCUUCUUACACUUAUUCCCAUAUCAACCUCACGACCCUUCCUACCCACCCAUUAAGAAACCCAAAAAGCCCAUCCUUGAAGCCCAAGAAACACAAGCCUUUGGAGACCCUUUGCCUGCUAUUGCUCCCAUACUGCCAAGCCCAUUUACUACUGGGCCUCAACAAAUGUUGGUUGGAACGGAAGCGAGCCCUCAAGGAUUGCUCGAGGAUGUUGUGCCGUUGCUAAUUCGAAAUCCAACGAUCAGUUUCCCUUCUUCAAUUUCUUCAUCUUCUUAUCCAUCAUCACCUCUUUCCCCUUCCUCUUCUUCUUCCUCCCUUUCUUGGUCCCCUACUUGUUCUUCUUUUAUUGAUCUCCGUUUGAAUUGAUAUGUAAUGGCUUCAUUUUUUUGGCUGGUGCCGAAUAAGCCCAAAUGGUUUCCUCCAAGUUACAUAAUGUGAAGCAAUAUUAUUGCAAUCUAAUUGUUAAUACUUAUAAUGCAUUAGAAUGCAAUUUUCACUUUCUUUUGCCUCAA